GAACUGAAAGAGGAAGAGGAGAAGGAGGAGAGUGUAAGGGAGGACACCACAGAGGAAGUCUCACCACACAGGGCUCUCCUCCUCGGCGAGUGCUCUGCGGAGGGCACAGACGGCAGCGGCCAGGGAGAUGAGCGGCUCUCUGCUCCUGGUUUUCCCGCUGCUCACACAUCUGCUUUCCACUCUUGCCGCCGGUCCAGCAGCUCUCCUUCCUGCUCGGCCUUUCAUCACGGUCUGGAACGCCCCCAGUAGAGACUGCUGGGACAAGUAUGGGGUGGCUCUGGAUCUGGAUCCCUUUGACAUUGUGGUUAAUGAGAACCAGUCGUUUGUGGGCAGCGAGAUGGCGAUCUUCUAUAGUUCUAAGCUGGGCCUCUACCCUUACUAUGAUAGUGAUGGCCACCCCAUCCAUGGAGGCACACCCCAAAAUGCCAGCCUCGCUGAGCAUCUCAAGCAGGCGUACAAGGACCUAAAUGCCACAAUUGUGUCUCCAGACUUUGAGGGUGCGGUGGUUGUGGACUGGGAGAACUGGAGGCCUCUUUGGGAUCGCAACUGGGAUUCAAAGUCAAUCUACCAGCAGCGUUCUCGGGAGCUGGUGCGGCAGCGGCAUCCGCACUGGUCAGAAGAGGAGGUGAUAAGAGAGGCCAAGAAGGAAUUCCAGGAAGCUGCGGAGAUGUUCAUGGAAGGCACCCUGGACCUGGGCUGUAGAUUUAGAUCGGGGGGGCUGUGGGGCUUUUAUGGUUUUCCUUCCUGCUAUAAUUACGGCUACAAAAACUCAAGUCAGAAUUACACCGGGGAAUGUCCCCAGGCCGAGGUGGAGAGGAACAACCAGCUGCAGUGGAUGUGGAGGUCCAGCCGAGCCUUGUACCCCGAUAUCUACCUGGAGAAGCUGCUGAGGAAGUCUCAAUAUGUCGGCCGAUACGUGAGGCACAGGUUAGGAGAAGCCUUCAGAGUGUCCACACAGAGGACCGGGGGGGAGAUCCCUGUCCUGCCCUAUGCCCGAAUUGUCUACACCUACAGCAUGGACUUCCUGGAGCAGGAGGAUCUGAUCCAGACGAUCGGACAGAGUGCUGCUCUGGGGGCCGCUGGGGUCAUCUUAUGGGGGAACUUAGACUACAGCUCCAGCAAGGAAGCCUGCCUCGCCCUGAAGUCCUAUAUAGACGAUACGCUGGGGACGUAUGUGGUCAAUGUGAGCAGUGGCGCCUCGCUGUGCAGCCAGGUUGUCUGCACCAGAAAUGGCUGCUGUGUGAGGACAGACCCCUCCUCGGAGGCCCAGAUCCACCUGCACCCGAGCAGCUUCAGCAUCAAGAGAAACCCGCAGGGUGGAGGCUUCCUGCUCUCUGGACAGGUCACCAAGAUGGACAUUCAAUAUAUGACCGCCCACUUCCAGUGCCGCUGCUAUCCUGGCUGGAGCGGGGCAGACUGUUCACAGAGGAAGGUGCCCUGAUCCUGGGGCCACAGGCUGCACAACAUGUCAGGGCCAUUUACUAACAAUUAGCUAGAAUUACAUUUAAUGACAGGGACCAGCCGUCUGUAAGAGAAUCCAUGCACUAUAUUCUGCAAUCACCAGGAGAUCACCGCACAGCACACAGUAUACAGAAAGCAAACCAAACUCAUCCAGGCUGGACUGUGCGACCCUAAAGCAGAGCCCACUACUAUACAGACACUAAUAAUUCAAUAGCUGCUGUGUGAUAUAUAUGUAGGGAGCUCCCUCUAGUGCUGGCUGUAUAAUCUGUAUGUAGUGAGCUCCCUCUAGUGCUGGCUGUAUAAUCUGUAUGUAGUGAGCUCCCUCUAGUGGUGGCUGUAUAUUCUGUAUGUAGUGA